UCUUAUUUGACUCCAAAUAUCCCUUUUUCUUGAUUUGUGUUUGAUAGACGGCUGAUGAUGCUCGUCAAGUCUCGCAAAUACAGAGAGCAAUCCGGCAGGGUAAUGAUUGAAGGACGCCGUCUGAUCAGUGAUGCUAUAAGCUCGGGGGUCCAAGCCCACACACUGUUCUUCAGUCAACUCCAGAGUUUGGAGGGUAUCCCUUUGCACAAGACAAGAGCUGUUGUGGUCAAAGUCCCCUACAGAGAGAUCACCAUGUGGUCGGAUGUUGUAACACCACAGGGCGUUAUAGGUGUAUUUAAGAAGCCAACUCAUGAGAAUUACACACUCCAUUCACAGUCAUCGGUGCUGCCUCUUACGCUGAUCUGUGAUAACAUCAGGGAACCAGGCAACCUUGGAACCAUCCUUCGUUCAGCUGUGGCCGCACAGUGCCAGAGGAUUCUCCUCACAAAAGGAUGUGUUGACCUUUGGGAGCCAAAGGUUCUUCGAUCAGGGGCAGGUGCUCAUUUCCACAUGCCGAUCAUCGCGAAUAUUCCAUGGAAGGAAAUGGCCAACUAUCUGGAUGAAGACGUCACAGUGCAUGUUGCAGAUAACAACACCUCAACAAGCAUCGAUCAAUCGGAAAUGAGUCCCUCAAAAAGAAAGCGGAACCAUGGUGCACCAUUCCAAAGGAAACUGAUGGAGGAAAGCCAAGAGGAAUAUACAGACUUACCUGUUUUAGAAUCUGAAGUCUACCACGAUGUUAACUGGCGAACCAAAUCAGCGUUGGUUAUCGGUGGCGAAACUGAAGGGUUAAGCUAUCAAGCCCUGGAGAUCUGUGAUAAAACAUCAGGCUGUAAAGUCCACAUACCCAUGGCAGAGGCGGUGGACAGCUUAAAUGCGGCAGUCUCUGCUAGUGUUAUAAUGUUUGAGGCACUGCGGCAGAAUUUAACUCACAAUUGAAAACUUCUUAAGGAGAAGGUUCACAUUUGGUAAUUACUCAAAACAAAUAUUAACUUAAAAACUGACUUGGUAACGAGCAUUGGAGAGCUGUUGA